AAAAAUAAACGAUUUUUCGUGAGUGAAGUGGUGAAAUUUUUAAAUAUUGUUCCAUAAUGGUUCCACAACAAAACAUUGACGCGAAUAGAUCAGAUAGUCCGACCUCAUCUGGUCUACCCAUGUUUGGAUCACAACUUAUUGACAAAAAUUCAGCAACACCAUACUCUGAUGCUACUCAGACAAAAAAGAACAAUCCAAACCAUAUUAAACGUCCAAUGAAUGCGUUUAUGGUAUGGUCACAAAUUGAACGUAGGAAGAUUUGCGAACAACAUCCAGAUAUGCAUAAUGCAGAAAUCAGUAAACGUUUAGGUCGUCGUUGGAAGACGCUCAAAGAAGUUGAACGUCAACCAUUUAUCGAUGAAGCAGAACGUUUACGACAAUUGCAUAUGCAAGAAUAUCCGGAUUAUAAAUAUCGUCCAAGAAAAAAGACAACAAAACCUGUACCAAAAACAACACCCACAAUGGUUAAAAAACAGAAGAAAUCAAAAUUAAAUAUAGUUAUUCGAAAUGAUUCGAACAAUAAUAGCCAACAGAAUGGUACAACUGUACGUAGAUUAUCUGAAUUAAAUUUAACACGUGGUAAAGUUUUGUUGAGUAUUAAAAGUGAGAAUAUUAAAACAACACCAUCGAGUAUUGGAUCACCGUAUCCAAUGCCAACGGUUACAGCUAAAGUUCCAUCAAGUCCAUCGUGUGAUACACCCGCAUCUCCAGAAAGUGCCAGUUUUUAUGAUGAUACAUCGAUGAUGAUGAUUGUCGAUGAUUCAUUAACAGAAUUAAAUCGAGUACCCAGCAUGCACACAAGUAUUCAAGACUUUGACCAACAUUUAAGUAGUCUUAAAACCGAACCAACACUCAUCAAAGAUGAGACGAGUCGACCACCAAGUUUAAAUGAUGUCCGUUUACCAGCUGUCCCACCAUCCAGUAAUGAUGUAGUAGGUUUACCAUCUUUCGCCGAUUUAACAAAUUUGGAUGAUCUAUUUGUACCCGAUUACAAUUUAGAUAUGGAUGCCUUCACAGAUAUCGAUAAUUUUGAAACUGCCUCGUCCAGUUCUGGUUCACAUUUUUCAUUCUCAUGUACACCAGAUGUCUCUGACAUGUUAUUAGAUAUUGGUUAUGCAAAUAAUUUAUCAACAAUAAAUGUUUGACUUUAAGCAACUAAACUAAUAUCUAUUAUUAUAUAUAUUACCUUUAUUUACUACAGUGUGUACAAAGAAAAAAAGAGAAAUAUAUUUGUGAGAUAAAAUGUUGAAGAUGUGCUCUGUUUGCCCAGUGAU